GAAUGGCAAAGAGGCGGUGUGGAAGGUUGCUUCUUAGCUCACCAAUAGUAAACUUAAUUGUAGAGAGAGCAAGAGAGUGAGUAUGCAACCUUGAACAAACACUGACCUUUUUUUCUAGCUGGGACGUUUGAAAACUCAGAAGCCUGGAAAACAUCUUCAAAGUGGUCACAACUCACAAGCCUCUGAUCUCAGAAAAUCUGCAGUCAAGAAAGCAACUCCAGGUGCUCUGAAAACAACUGCUCCAUGUUUUCCUUACAUUCUUCCAAUUUUCUCAUUUGCACCUCCUUUGUUCUGCUGUGCCACGGCAGGGGUCUCCUGGGGCAUCCCCAGUGCCUUGAUUAUGGGCCUCCUUUCCAGCCUCCUUUCCAUUUGGAGUUCUGUUCUGCCUAUGAGACCUUUGGAUGCUGUGACCAAGACAAAGACAAUAUCAUUGCAGCCAAAUACUGGGAGAUCAUGGAUUAUGUGGACCCUCAAGCCCAGAAACUAUGUGGAAGAUACAUCAAAGACAUCUUGUGCCAGGAAUGCUCCCCCUAUGCAGCUCACCUCUAUGAUGCUGAAAACCCUCAGACGCCACUUCGGAAUCUCCCAGGCCUUUGCUUUGACUACUGCUCGGACUUCCACUUCUAUUGCGGCUCUGCGAUCACUUUGCUUACAAAUGACAGACAAAUCCAAGAAUGCUGUGAGAAGAACAAGACCCGCUUCUGUGACCUUCUCAACAUCCAGGAUGAAGACUAUUGCUUCCCAGAUGUGCUGAAAAACACAGACCUUAACCGCAACCUGGGCUCUGUGGUUGAGGACAAGAAAGGAUGCCUUCAGCUGUGCUUACGAGAAGUGGCCAAUGGGUUGAGAAAUCCGGUGUUGAUGGUCCAUGCUAAUGACAACACUCACCGGAUGUUUGUGGCAGAGCAGGUGGGUGUCAUCUGGGUCUAUCUUCCAGAUGGAAGUCGACUAGAAGAGCCUUUUCUGGACAUUAAAAAGUUGGUGCUGGCAAGUCCAUGGGUAGGCGAUGAGAGAGGUUUCCUUGGGAUGGCCUUCCACCCCAAAUACAAAGACAAUGGGAAAUUCUACAUUUAUUACUCUUAUCAGGACAAGAAAAAUGUUGAGAAAAUCAGGAUCAGUGAACUAAGAGUCUCUGCAUCUGAUCUCAACAAAGCUGAUGCAAACUCGGAAAGGAAACUCUUGGAGAUUGAAGAACCAGCUGCAAAUCAUAAUGGGGGGCAGAUCCUUUUUGGCCUGGAUGGUUACAUGUACCUGUUUACAGGGGAUGGAGGGAAAGCAGGAGACCCUUUUGGUAAAUUUGGGAAUGCUCAGAACAAGAGUAGUUUAUUAGGAAAGGUUUUGCGGAUAGAUGUCGAUGGAAGGAGCUCCGAUGGGAAGCCUUACCGGAUCCCUCCUGACAAUCCUUUUUCCUCUGACCCUAAAGCUCUCCCCGAAAUCUAUGCGUACGGGGUGAGGAACAUGUGGCGCUGUUCUGUGGACAGAGGCGACCCAUUCACUCACAAAGGAAGGGGAAGGCUGUUCUGUGGUGAUGUUGGCCAGAACAAGUACGAAGAAGUGGACAUAAUUGUGAAAGGGGGCAACUACGGCUGGAGGGCGAAGGAAGGCUUUGAAUGCUAUGACAUAAAGCUUUGUCAAAAUUCUUCCUUAGAUGAUAUACUUCCAAUAUUUGCCUAUGGACACAAUGUGGGAAAAUCAGUCACUGGAGGUUAUGUCUACAGAGGAUGUGAGUCACCAAACCUCAAUGGCCUCUACAUUUUUGGUGAUUUUAUGACUGGUCGACUCAUGGCUUUGCAAGAAGAUGAGAGGACAAAGAAAUGGAAGAAACAAGACAUCUGCAUCGGUAGCACAAAAGCCUGUGCUUUUCCCGGGCUGAUCAGCUCAUAUAAUAAAUUCAUAAUCUCUUUUGCUGAGGAUGAAGCAGGUGAACUCUAUUUUAUGGCUACCGCUUACCCGAGUGCCUAUGCUCCCCAUGGCUCCAUAUACAAAUUUGUGGAUCCUGCAAGGAGAGCUCCUCCAGGGAAGUGCAAACAAAAACCUCUUCCAGUGAAAACAAAGAGCAAGCGAAUGUCCUUCACUCCACAUGCAAAGACUGUGCUUGAACUGUUGAAGGAACAACUUACAACCCAAUCACCUAAAACAGCCGCCAACUCAACAGAACGGUCCCCAGCUUCUUCAGGAUCAAAGUCCAAGAAGCAAGGAUCCCGCAAACACUCAAUUAAGCAGAGGCCAGCAAAGCCUACCAAGCCUGGUAAAAAACAGCAGGCAGCUCAGGCGGGCCGGGCCUCGAAGUUGGAUGGGCGAGCGCAAAAAGGAAGGAGUCGACAUACAUCUCAGGCAGAGACAUCCUUGCCGAAGAGGAAAGGCUCACGGUCAGCCAGAGCCAAAAAGAAGUCCCUUCAGUCCCCUAAGUCGAGGUCAGCAGCUAAGAGAGAAACACAGACAAGGAAGAAAAAGAGAAGGAGGGUCAACUUAAGAAGUACCCUUUGAAUUACCAGCUCUGUGCAUUGAAGAAUCAAGCAAUGUGGAUGUAAGUGGAAUUGCUGGACAACUCAUUUUGCUUCCAUGUGCUCCUAGGGCAUGACCACAGAGACAUUUGUCCUAGGUUAGCCUUCUUUGUACUGCUCCCUGGCAUUUAAAUCACUGCUGCGUCAGAAAGAAACAUUUAAUUAUCCUGGGAAGGUGUGUCUCAAGAGUCCACGCAUCAUACAGGCCCCUUCCUCCCUCAUUAUUAUCAUCAUCCUCUUACCCACCCCUUCCCAUGGUAUUCAAAUCCUUUCUUUCUUAACAAAAAUUAUCAGCAAGUGAAAUAGCGCUAAACGGACAAGACAUGGUAAGCAUUUUAAUUAGUGCUGCACCAACUUAGCACUAAACUCAGAUAAGAAAUGUUUUUAGAAAUACAAUUUGAAUUUGCACUGUAGUCGCAGUAUUUAUCACUGUGUGCAAAAAAUAGACAAAAGGAAUAGUGUUCACUGCCUCCCACAUCCUUUCCCACUUUGUGAAUUGUCAGUGAUGUCCUCUCAACAUGCUCAGCAACUGCCCCAAAGGACUGACACAGGCCACCACAUAUGCCAAAUAAUGUGAGUGAAAACAUACUAAAAACCAUGUGCCAUGCUGGAUGAACAAAACAUAUCACAUUCUCAUGCCAAAAGAUCAGAUCUGCUUGCAGUUAGUGCUGCUUGUGUGUAGUCAACAGAAUAAUCAUCAAAAGGAAUGGUGUGAAACAUGGAACAGAUAGCAGAACAAAUGAAGCUAUCCUUAGUUAAGAGAUUCUCAUCUGUGUGCAGAUUUCAUGAAACAUUUGCACAGGAAGUACUGAACGUUAGCUUAAAUAGUUGCUUGGCCAUUGGCUGUAAUAGAUGCAACUUGUACAUUUAAUCAGGAAAAAUAAUUGUAGUUUCCAGCCUAGGUUUUUACAUUGUAUUUACUUGCCUUUCAGGAUCAUUCUAUGAGUUUAAAAAAGCCAUCAGAUGACCACUUGCUAUAGACUGCUAGGAGAGAUGCCAGUGAGGCUACAGCAGUGUAAAGCAGUAAACUGUCUCUUUGGGAAUUCAACCAUUUAUGGAUUAUAAUGGGAAAAACAUAAUAAAAAUGAUAGUGAAGUCUACUUUAAGAACUUUAUGCCAGAAAAUAUUCUAAUCAUUGUGAGAGAGAGAAAGUAGGAUCUAAAUGAGUACAGAAAACUGAGUGUUCCGCAAAAAGCCAAAUAUUCUACUACUCUAGGUUUGCAUUUUAACAACAGAGAAUUAGCAAAGUUACCCGCCUUUUAUAUUUUGAAUAUUCCUACUCCAACAGUUUGAUUUCUUGCAUCAGCUCUUGUAUGAUUCUAAAGAAGCCACCUCCGCUCCCACCACCCCGUUUCACUUAAAUACUGGACAAAAAUAAAUAUAGCAAAAUGUA